AGAGUAAACGUAAGCGAGUGCAGUGUGUCAGGCGGCACUGGAGGCUGAACCGAGAAGCCAGGAAUUGCCCAUUCAUAUAAAGAAGUUCGCCUUGGGAAUCACAGUUGCACAGUUGGGUUGACAGGAGUGCUGCAAACACAAAAAGUGACUUGAAGGAUUCGGUGAGGCCCUUAAGUGUAGUACCAUUAAAGUGGAUUGGUAAAGAAGUGUUGUAAGAGUCAUCUAAGUGGAAAGACACUAAAUUCCAGACUAACAGGUCCCCCUUGUGCUGUCAAAACAGCUCGGACUCAUCGAGACACCGCCUCCACAAGGUGUGAUGUGGUAUCUGGCACCUGGACGUUAGCAGCAGCUCCCUCAAGUUCCGCAGGUUACCAGGUAGUGCCUCCAAGGAUCCAAAGUGUCUAUCCAUCACAUCCCACAGCAUAUUGAUCAGAUUGAGAUCGGUGGAUUCCGGAGGCCAAGUCAACACCUUAAGCGCUAUCCUUUUGAAAGAGGCCACAGCCAUUAAGAAAUGCUGUUUCCAUGGAGGGAUGUACUUGGUCUGCAACAAUGUUUUGGAUACUCAGGCCCAAUUAGAUAAAUUUUUUUCACAACAACAUUGAGAAGAUGGGGAAAUAUUCUUAAUAACACCGCAAAUGCAGAAACCCAUCUCCAUGUCUGAAGACCACAACACGAAACCAUACCUGUUUUCCUCUUUGGAGGGCCAGGACCAGGCUACUGGCUGUAUUUCCAUGGCAACUCUUCAUCGUUUUGCAGAGGCAGGGGAACUUGGCCUGGCCUCAGAGGGUAGUGACAGCAGCAGUCAUGACCCUUCUGCCUCACCUGACAGUGACUGCAAGAUGGCACACUCCUUACAUGAGGAUGUGGAGAUGAAGAGCAGUGGUUCCAGUGGUAGUGGGACUGAAUCACAAGGAAAUGAAUCACAUGGCAACGAGUCUCAUGGAAAUUCAUCAAAUGGGAAUGAAUCAACCAGAAGUUCCAAUGGCAAUAGCAAGGAUUCAGCCCUUUUGGAAUCAUCAGGGAGCAACAAGAGCUCCAAAUCUCACAGUCCCUCACCCCCCAGCAGCUCUAAUGCCUUCAGUCUGCUGAGUGCAAGUUCUGAACAGGACAACCCUUCUACUAGUGGAUGCAGUAGUGAAGAAUCUGCCAAGGCAAAGACACAGAAGGAGCUGAUAAAAACCCUCAAAGAGCUGAAGCUUCAUUUGCCAGCAGAUAAAAGGAACAAGGGCAGCAAGUCCACCACUCUGAACACACUGAAAUACGCCCUUCGCUGUGUUAAACAGGUUGAAGCCAAUGAGGAGUACUACCAGCUGCUUAUGAUUAAUGACAGCCAGCCAUCUGGCCUGGAUGUUUCUUCUUAUACGAUAGAAGAGAUUGACAGCAUCACAUCAGAAUACACGCUAAAAAAUACAGACAUCUUUGCGGUAGCAGUGUCUCUGAUCACGGGCAAGAUUGUCUACAUCUCAGAUCAGGCUGCAUCUAUUCUCAACUGUAAGCGGCAUGUGUUCAAAAAUGCCAAGUUCGUGGAGUUUUUAUCACCGCAGGACGUCAGCGUGUUCUACAACUUCACAACACCAUAUAGGCUGCCAUCCUGGAGCAUGUGCACAGGAGCUGAAUCUUCACCUUCUGACUGCAUGCAGGAAAAGUCAUUCUUCUGCCGCAUCAGUGGAGGGAAGGAGUGUGAGGGAGACCUGGAGUACUACCCAUUCCGUAUGACUCCUUACCUAAUGAAGGUGCAGGAUACAGAGCACACUGAAGACCAGUUCUGCUGCCUUCUGCUGGCCGAAAGAGUGCAUUCUGGAUAUGAAGCUCCAAGGAUCCCCACGGACAAACGCAUCUUCACCACUACACACACACCAAGCUGUGUGUUUCAGGAUGUUGAUGAAAGAGCUGUCCCGUUGCUCGGGUAUCUACCACAAGAUCUGAUUGGUACACCAGUACUUCUGCACUUGCACCCAAAUGAUAGGCCUCUGAUGCUGAGCAUUCACAGGAAGAUCUUGCAGUAUGCUGGCCAGCCAUUUGACCACUCAUCCAUUCGUUUCUGUGCUCGAAAUGGAGAGUACAUCACCAUGGACACCAGCUGGUCCAGCUUCGUUAACCCCUGGAGCCGCAAAGUGUCCUUUGUUAUUGCACGACACAAAGUCCGCAUGGGUCCAUUAAAUGAGGACGUCUUUGCAGCACCAGCUGCAGCUGAGGGUAAACCAGUGGACUCAGAUAUCCAGGAUCUAACAGAACAGAUUCAUCGGCUUCUUAUUCAGCCAGUACAUAAUAAUGGUUCAAGCAGCUAUGGAAGUCUAGGCAGUAACGAUCAUCUGGUGAGUGUGGCCUCAUCCAGCGACAGCAAUGGAAACGGAGCGCGUCCACGCGCAGAUGACGAAGAAGAUCGAACCAAACCUAGAACAUUUCAGGAGAUCUGUAAAGGUGUUCAUAUGCAGAAGAACCAGGGACAGCAGUUCAGAAAGAGUCUAGGCACAGAACCGCUCCAGAAAAGUCCAGUAGUUCGGCCCAAGGAUUCCGCGUAUCCAGUAAACUUGAAAGAGAGUGUGGAGGAGCAGCAGGCCACCAUACAGGAAGAACUCCCAUUAAAAGACCAGACUGUCUACUCAUACCAGCAAAUCAGCUGCCUGGACAGUGUAAUUAGGUAUCUAGAGAGCUGCAAUGUGCCUAUCACAGUGAAACGUAAAUGCCAGUCAUCAUCCAAUACCACUUCCUCUAACUCAGACGAGGACAAACAGAAGGGAGCUGAAAGUUCUAUGCAGGUGGCAGAAGCAUCCGGUCACCUGAAGUCCCAAAGCAGUCUUUCACCUCUGGAUGUGUCAAAGAAGCCGAAUGGCUCGAGCGUGGUGGGCACUUCACUCACUCCCCUGGCGCUACCCAGCAAGGCUGAGAGUGUGGUGUCCAUAACCAGCCAGUGCAGCUACAGCAGCACCAUUGUACACGUGGGGGAUAAAAAGCCCCAGCCUGAGUCAGAAAUUAUCGAGGAUGGUCCCAGUGCGGGAGACACAGCAGAAGGCACACCCACUCCAGCCACUCCUCCUGCCACAGUUACACCGCCGAGCCAGGAAAGAGAAGCGUACAAGAAACUGGGCCUGACCAAGCAGGUGCUGGCCGCACACACACAAAAGGAAGAGCAAGCAUUUCUUAACCGAUUCAAGGAGCUAAGAGGGGUUCACACUUUUAAAGCAGACUACCUGGAGAAGCAGAAAGGACAAGCCACCGAUGCCGGACCUUCUCCGUUUGGUAAGCAGGGUGGGAGAGCAGAACCCGCCACUGGCCGUGGGGGCCGCAACAGAAAAUCCAAAUCAAAGCGCGUCAAACAGAACGAAUCAUCUGACAGUACAAUCUCACAUCGAAGGCAGCUGUUCAGGCAAGAACUGCAAGGACUGAACCAGACUUCGUGGUCUCCUUCAGACACCUCACAGUCUGCUUUUCCAAUCGCAUACCCAGCUGUUGUGCCUGCGUAUCCCCUACAGGUCUACCCAGGGACCAAUACUAUUCCACCCAGAGUGGAUGCUCCACAAUCAGGAUUUGGAGACAACCAGUGUACCCAGAAUCCACGUUUCCCCAUGCCACCCAUGCAGCCCCAAUUCCCUGCCCCUCUUGUCACACCCAUGGUGGCACUUGUUCUGCCUAACUACAUGUUAACACAGUUAGGAAGUGCCCCACGUCAGACUUUCUACCCUGAGCAGGCAUUGUUUCCACCCACUCAGGUUCCAUUCCAACCCCAGACGACAUUUCCUGUACAGAAUCAGUUCACCCCGCAAAACCCUUUCCCAGCUCAGCCAUUCCCUUUCACGAUGCUGGACAAGCAACCCAAGCCCACAGAGCCAGAAACAAGAGAAGAGCCUUCUCGAAGCUCCACCCCUCAAUCACUGGGUGGACGGGACCAGUCAUCUCCACCUUUGUUCCAGUCACGGUGCAGCUCGCCACUGCAGCUCAACCUUUUGCAGCUGGAGGAGAGCCAGCGCUCCAAUGAAAGACUGGAAACCACAGCAACCUCUGCUGGUACUCAGGGCAGCGCUGCAGUGGAGAAAGGAGCGAACACUGGCAUGCAGACCAACACAGACAAAGAGCCAGAAGAUGCAGAUGAUGGACACCACUGUGAUGCUUUCUCUUCAUCCAGUGAUCUGUUGGAUAUCCUCAUGCUGGAGGACUCUCGCUCUGGCACCGGGUCAGCCACGUCCGGGUCCAUGCGGUCUGCUUUUAAUGGCUGUGGCAUGUCAGCUUGUGGAAGUGGUGGAUCUGCUAGUGGAACUGGGAGCAGUCAUACCAGCAAUAACAGCAGUAAUUAUUUUGGCAGCGUGGACUCUUCACAGAAGUCCCAUAAAGCAAAGAGACCAGGAGGUGGCGUUUCGGGGCCCUUGGAGUUAGAGGAGAGUGAGAGUUUGAUCAAAUAUGCAUUGCAAGAUCCUCUGUGGCUCCAUGCUGCCAACGUGGACAAGACUGUAAUGAUGACAUACCAGUUGCCCUCUCGUGAUAUUCAGCAAGUGUUGCGAGAUGACUUGGAGAAACUGAGGCAGAUGCAGAAGAGUCAGCCGCGGUUUUCUGAAGAGCAGAAGAGGGAGCUGGCUGAGGUUCACUCCUGGGUGAGAGGAGGCGGUCUACCAAAAGCCAUUAACAUUGAGGCGUGUGUUGACUGUAAAGGAGUCACAGAGACAGUGGUGGAGGAAGAGCUCCCAGACCUGCACAUGGGGGAAUCUGAUGUCACAGCCUCCUCUCAUGACCAGACGCAAUAAAGAGCUUGUAUAUACUGUAUAAUUACACACACACACACACACAGAGUGCUGAUCUGGGACAGGAAGUGUGUGUACGCGUAAAAAAUGCCAUAGAUUAUAUGUUUAGAUGUUAGGCGGAAUGUUAUGGAGUUCGUGUGUGUGUGGGG